UGCAUUUUAUUUGGCGGAACGCGAGGCUGCCGCAUCCGAGACAGUAACGAAGGCCAUUCCUCCAGACAGUACAAUGCGACUGCCGGCUGAAAUACUGGUGGCGGUUUUCCAGGCGCUGGACUCCAUCGAGCGCGUUCGUUGCCGGCGAGUCUGUCCGCUGUGGAACGACAUUCUCACCACCGACGCCCACUUCCCCGAUGUGCGCGUGUCCGGCACGUACGCGCAGUACACUUGCGGGGAUUAUCCGCGGAAUGGCAUGUACUGGGUGAUAGCGUGCCUGAUGAAAAGCCUGGGCCCCUGCACCAAGGUUGCCGUGGUGAGCCGGGAGAACCUGCACGACGGCUUGGGACUGUCCGCACCCUUCCACCACGCCCUACCGCCCGGCCGGCGCUUGCCGGUGUUGGUGUUGCACGACUGUGGCGUCGGGGUAGGGCUGGACGGUAUGUCGCAGACCGUAGUCCGUACGGCGGAGUUGCUCGUGCAGUGUCGAACCGACACCAUCAUGUGGAAGAACUGCCGAUUCGCCUGUGAGAAUUGGACGGCCGUUGUCGCACAGGUAACCUGGCGCGUCGAAUCGCGCCAGCAGAUGGAGAUUCAGCUGUGGGAUUUGUGGGAACGCGGUGUGCCGUCCGGGCCUUUAGUGGACCGGCAGACCCUCCAGGAAUGGAUCAUGUCAUUGGGCUGGGACACGUGGAACACACCACGCCAGGAUUUGAUGAGUGUUGGCCAUCAGUUGAAGAUUUUGCAGGCUCUUAACGGCUAUCAGAGUGCCGAUCCCCGUGAGUCCUCGCACUACCGCCAGCGGGAGUGGACGGCCUCCAAUAUUCCCGAUCUGGAUGCUGGACGGCUGAGCACGUUGACCGUGGCCGUUCUGAGCCAUUACCUCCGGGAGGCCCAUUAGAUACCCCACUGGGAAUCUUUUCAGUUUUAUUCAGGUUGCAGAAGCAUACCAGCUGGAUUGUUUUGCUUUGCACCCACCAUGAUGUGCGUGCCCGGUGUAGUGCAAACGUACAACCGAGCUCAAUUUGUUCCACAAAAAUCUGAGAGUUCUAAUUAGCUUCCGUUUAAAGUUUCGUUGGCAUUCUCGAGCAUCUCGUGCCCACUCAAAGUUUGUGGUUGUGUAUGAGCAAUGUUUGUUUACGGACCGGGCGUGAACGCCUGGAACGCCGUGGAUGUGCUGGUCGACGGCCAGUUGCAGCACGGUAUCGUGAUUAACGUGGCAGAGACGGGACUGAUCACUGAUUUCCAGUGUGCAGCACAGCGCUCCCAACUGAUCGAGUACGGCAGUAUCUUCCGCUGCGACAGGGUCUGGGAGCGCCCGCCGGCGGACGCGCAGGUGCUACUGCGUCGUCAUCCCGACGGCGCCUGGAUCUGGUAUCCCGGCAGAGUCAUCCCUAUGGACAGCUACCCCUAUGAUGAUUUUGAGCUGGUGGACGUGGAACGACCCUACGGCACCGUCCGCGAACUAGUCCCGUAUGAGCAGGUACGUCCAACGCUCGCGGAAGCGGAUUACAAGGAGCGGCUGGUGGACAAGCAAGACUUUGUCAUCCGCUCGUGUCCACUGCAUCCACCUAUGUGCCCAGCGAAUGCCUGAUGUUAGAAGAGGAAUUUCAACGCUGUUAUAAACAGUUCAUCGGUGUGAUUCGCCAGCAGAUGUUUUACUUGGAUCGGCAGACUAGCUAUCCGUUGACAGUGCAACGAGUGGAGACCAUCUGUGAGGAUGCCAGAACGACCAACGAAGCUGGCCUAUCAUGCUGCACAGCUCUUCCGACGGCGAUUACACCAUGCAGUCAUCUGCGGCUGUCGCCUGUGCUGUUGGUGGGAAUCUUCCAGUCGCUGGACUCCAUCGACCACUUCCGCUGUCGGCGUGUAUGCGCAUUGUGGAACACUCUUCUUACCACGGAAGCCUACUUUCCCGAUGUACGGGUCUCCGGCAGUUCCGCGGAUUACGGGGUACGGAAUAUCGUGUGGACGGAUUGUACUGGGUGGCGGCGGGCCUGCUGAAAUGCCUUCACAGCGGCACUCGAAUAGCUGUACUGAGUAAAGUGGAUUGGUUUGAUGGCCGGGAACUGGCCGCACAAAUUCAGGAUAUGCUUCAACCCCGACGCUUGCCGGUGCUGGUGUUCUACGCCUGCGACUUCGCCGGAUUUUCGGAUCGUAUGCAGGAGCUGGUCUCUGAGACGGUUGAUGUUAUCGAGCGGUGCGCCUGCGACCGCGUGGUGUGGAAGGACUGCCGACUCCGUCUUAAUGAAGGAUGGAGUCCUUGCGAAGACACUUUGACGGCGUUCAUCGUGCAGCACGCCUUCAACGUCCGGUCGCAGCAGCAGAUGGAGAAGGAGCUGUGGGACAUGUUCGAGCGCAAUCUGGUGCCUAGGUGAUACGGGGUGACAUCGGGUUUCAGCCACUUUAAUAAUACUCAUCUUAGAACUAAAGAAGUUGAGCUCAAACAGCGACCUAAGCCAGAUGUUAUAGGACAUCAGGCAAUCGCCUUAAUAGCAGACAGUCGCUCUUUGUCAGUGCACCUUCGCUACAAGAGAACGAGAAAGGCAGAAAGAUGGAUUAUGACAACCAGACCGUAUCAUGCAUACAUGACCACAGGUCCAUAAUAAAGUCAAAUAUCAUAUGGAUGAGUUGGUUGUGUAACCUAGGGAGGCUCUGGAUCGGCAGACCGUGAUGGAUUGGCUGGCGGAAUCGAUUCAGCACGUUCAAAAAGAAUUGGGCGAUAGUCCGAGUGGAAUGAUUCUGUGGGCGCUGAACGAGUACCAGAGUGCUGAUCCCCGCGAGUCGACCCCCUACGGCCACCGGCAGUGGACGGCGUCCAAUAUCGCCGGCGUGGAUCUUACCCAGCUGAACACGCUGACGACAGCUGUUCUAUUCCGAUUCUUUCGCUGGGCCCAGAGGGUGCGCACUAUGCCCACGCUACGGUGAACCUUCGUACAGCCCCGUGAGUUUUUGUACCAGUCCCAUGAACAUGUUAACAGCACUCGUUGGUUGAUGUGGAUGCGUUUCGGCUGUUCUGCGUUCCUGCCAGCUUUGGUUUCUGUGUACGAUGGUUUGCAAUAGAGCACGUUUAUGUUUUAUAAACAGGUGUCACUUAAAGAUAAAAGAGUUUCAUGUGCAGAAUAGAGACCUUAGCUAUAG